UAUUCAAAUGAGAUGUGUGCUUAUAUAAUGGAAAAAUAAACUUCAAGUUUAAUCUACGAAUAGGUCGGAGUCUCCCAGCUGCCAGAAGUUGCUGUGAACUUGGAGCAGCCCUGAGACAUGUGGGCAGAAGACGACUUCCACCCUACUUCUGUGCCCUGCCUGCAGAGCUACACCGAGCCUGAGGAUGGCAAAACCUACAUCAUGUACCACGGCACCACGCCAGCAGCUGCCGGGAAAAUCAAGAGGAAUGGAUUUUGUCCGUCCGAGGAUGGCAUGCUGGGGCAUGGGGUGUACGUCAGCCGGGACCUGCAGAAGGCCAGCAACUACCCCAUCAAGGUGCACGAGCACCAGCGGGUGGUGCUGAAGCUGAAGGUCAAUGUCGGGAAGGUGAAGAAGAUCGACACGCAGGGGCACCCCCUGCAGAAGACCUGGCACAAGCACGGCUACGACACGGCCUGGGUCCCCCCACACUGCGGGAUGGUGAAGAGCGGACUGGAGGAGGACUGCGUCUGGGAUCCCCGGAGGAUCACAGUGAUCUCCGAGAUUCAUCCCCGUGUACCUUAUCCAGUCUGUAAUCCGCCAGAGCCCGUCAGCGGAAACGUCUACAUCAUGUACCACGGCACCACGAAGGAGGCAGUCGAGCCCAUCAAGAGGAAUGGAUUUUGUCCGUCCGAGGAUGGCAUGCUGGGGCAGGGGGUUUACAUGAGCCGGGACCUGCAGAAGGCCUCCAGGUACCCCAUCGAGGUGCCCGAGCAGCAGAGGAGAGUCCUGAAGCUGAAGGUCGAUGUCGGGAAGGUGAAGAAGAUCAACAAGCAGGGGCACCACCUGCAGAAGACCUGGCACGAGCACGGCUACGACACGGCCUGGGUCCCCCCACACUGCGGGAUGGUGAAGAGCGGACUGGAGGAGGACUGCGUCUGGGAUCCCAGGAGGAUCAAGGUCAUGGAGGUCAUCAAACCCAGCAGGCUGCCACCUCUUCCCUCUUUCGAAGACGAUGAAGAAUCAUAUUAAACCUUCAAAAUGCUUAUGUUCCGAUUUUAAUGAAGUAGAAAGGCCAUACAACUGCCUCUUCUAGCUCAUUGGUGUUUGUGUAUAUUUCUUGAUCACUUAUAAGACAAAAUUUGUUUCCUUAAGAUGGAUAAUAAAAUUAAAUUGACAGAUAAUC